AUUUUAUUGAUCCGGGAAUUAUUGAUCGCACAGAGACAGAUAUCGGGGAUUUAUCUUCCGAUUCUUUCACCCUGGAGACGUUUUCUGUCCCUCCGGUUGUACCCAGUGACUCCAGUGGCUCCAGUGUACCCAGUGACUCCAGUGUACCCAGUUCACCCAGUGACUCCAGUGUACCCAGUGGCUUCAUUGAUUCCAGUGUACCCAGUGACUCCAGUGUACCCAGUGACUCCAGUGUACCCAGUGACUCCAGUGUACCCAGUGACUCCAGUGUACCCAGUGACCCCAGUGACUCCAGUGUACCCAGUGACCCCAGUGACUCCAGUGUACCCAGUGACUCCAGUGCACCCAGUGACUCCAGUGCACCCAGUGACUCCAGUGUACCCAGUGACCCCAGUGACUCCAGUGUACCCAGUGACUCCAGUGCACCCAGUGACUCCAGUGUACCCAGUUCACCCAGUGACUCCAGUGUACCCAGUGGCUUCAUUGAUUCCAGUGUACCCAGUGACUCCAGUGUACCCAGUGACUCCAGUGUACCCAGUGACUCCAGUGUACCCAGUGACUCCAGUGUACCCAGUGACCCCAGUGACUCCAGUGUACCCAGUGACUCCAGUGCACCCAGUGACUCCAGUGCACCCAGUGACUCCAGUGUACCCAGUGACCCCAGUGACUCCAGUGUACCCAGUGACUCCAGUGCACCCAGUGACUCCAGUGCACCCAGUGACCCCAGUGACUCCAGUGACUCCAGUGCACCCAGUGACCCCAGUGACUCCAGUGCACCCAGUGUACCCAGUGACUCUAGUGCACCCAGUGACCCCAGUGACUCCAGUGCACCCAGUGACUCCAGGGUACCCAGUGACCCCAGGGUACCCAGUGACCCCAGGGUACCCAGUGACUCCAGUGCACCCAGUGACUCCAGUGUACCCAGUAACUCCAGUGUGCCCAGUGACUCCAGUGCACCCAGUGACUCCAGUGAACCCAGUGACUGCAGUGCACCCAGUGACUCCAGUGCCUCCAGUGUACCCAGUGACUCCAGUGUACCCAGUGACUCCAGUGCACCCAGUGACUCCAGUGAACCCAGUGACUGCAGUGCACCCAGUGACCCCAGUGCCUCCAGUGUACCCAGUGACCCCAGUGUACCCAGUGACUCCAGUGACCCCAGUGACUCCAGUGUACCCAGUGACUCCAGUGUACCCAGUGGCUUCAUUGAUUCCAGUGUACCCAGUGACUCCAGUGACCCCAGUGACUCCAGUGUACCCAGUGACUCCAGUGUACCCAGUGGCUUCAUUGAUUCCAGUGUACCCAGUGACUCCAGUGUACCCAGUGACUCCAGUGUACCCAGUGACCCCAGUGACUCCAGUGUACCCAGUGACUCCAGUGCACCCAGUGACUCCAGUGUACCCAGUGACUCCAGUGUACCCAGUGACCCCAGUGACUCCAGUGUACCCAGUGACUCCAGUGCACCCAGUGACUCCAGUGCACCCAGUGACUCCAGUGCACCCAGUGACCCCAGUGACUCCAGUGCACCCAGUGACCCCAGUGACUCCAGUGCACCCAGUGUACCCAGUGACUCCAGUGUACCCAGUGACUCUAGUGCACCCAGUGACCCCAGUGACUCCAGUGCACCCAGUGACUCCAGGGUACCCAGUGACCCCAGGGUACCCAGUGACCCCAGGGUACCCAGUGACUCCAGUGCACCCAGUGACUCCAGUGUACCCAGUAACUCCAGUGUGCCCAGUGACUCCAGUGCACCCAGUGACUCCAGUGAACCCAGUAACUGCAGUGCACCCAGUGACUCCAGUGCCUCCAGUGUACCCAGUGACUCCAGUGUACCCAGUGACUCCAGUGCACCCAGUGACUCCAGUGAACCCAGUGACUGCAGUGCACCCAGUGACCCCAGUGCCUCCAGUGUACCCAGUGACUCCAGUGUACCCAGUGACUCCAGUGCACCCAGUGACCCCAGUGUACCCAGUGACUCCAGUGACCCCAGUGUACCCAGUGACUCCAGUGUACCCAGUGACUCCAGUGACCCCAGGGUACCCAGUGACUCCAGUGCACCCAGUGACUCCAGUGUACCCAGUAACUCCAGUGUGCCCAGUGACUCCAGUGCACCCAGUGACCCCAGGGUACCCAGUGACUCCAGUGCACCCAGUGACUCCAGUGUACCCAGUAACUCCAGUGUGCCCAGUGACUCCAGUGCACCCAGUGACUCCAGUGAACCCAGUGACUGCAGUGCACCCAGUGACUCCAGUGCACCCAGUGACCCCAGUGACUCCAGUGCACCCAGUGACCCCAGGGUACCCAGUGACUCCAGUGCACCCAGUGACUCCAGUGUACCCAGUAACUCCAGUGUGCCCAGUGACUCCAGUGCACCCAGUGACUCCAGUGAACCCAGUGACUGCAGUGCACCCAGUGACUCCAGUGCACCCAGUGACCCCAGUGCCUCCAGUGUACCCAGUGACUCCAGUGUACCCAGUGACUCCAGUGCACCCAGUGACUUCAGUGUACCCAGUGACUCCAGUGCACCCAGUGACCCCAGUGUACCCAGUGACUCCAGUGCACCCAGUGACCCCAGUGUACCCAGUGACUCCAGUGCACCCAGUGACUCCAGUGCACCCAGUGACCCCAGUGUACCCAGUGACCCCAGUGACCCCAGUGACUCCAGUGUACCCAGUGACUCCAGUGCACCCAGUGACUCCAGUGUACCCAGUGACUCCAGUGUACCCAGUGACUCCAGUGACUCCAGUGCACCCAGUGACCCCAAUUGCACCCAUGUACCCAGUGACUCCAGUGCACCCAGUGACCCCAGUGUACCCAGUGACUCCAGUGUACCCAGUGACUCCAGUGUACCCAGUGACCCCAGUGUACCCAGUGACUCCAGUGUACCCAGUGACUCCAGUGUACCCAGUGACUCCAGUGUACCCAGUGACUCCAGUGCACCCAGUGACCCCAGUGACUCCAGUGUACCCAGUGACCCCAGUGUACCCAGUGACUCCAGUGUACCCAGUAAUUCCAGUGCACCCAGUGACUCCAGUGCGCCCAGUGCGCCCAGUGACUCCAGUGUACCCAGUGACUCCAGUGUACCCAGUGACUGCAGUGUACCCAGUGACUCCAGUGCACCCAGUGACCCCAGUGCCUCCAGUGUACCCAGUGACUCCAGUGUACCCAGUGACUCCAGUGCACCCAGUGACCCCAGUGUACCCAGUGACUCCAGUGACCCCAGUGACUCCAGUGCACCCAGUGACCCCAGUGCACCCAGUGACCCCAGUGUACCCAGUGACUCCAGUGUACCCAGCGACUCCAGUGCACCCAGUGACUCCAGUUUACCCAGUGACUCCAGUGCACCCAGUGACUCCAGUGUACCCAGUGACUCCAGUUUACCCAGUGACUCCAGUGUACCCAGUGACUCCAGUGCCCCCAGUGACUCCAGUGCACCCAGCGACUCCAGUGCACCCAGUGACUCCAGUAUACCCAGUGACGCCAGUGCACCCAGUGUACCCAGUGUAACCAGUGACUCCAGUGUACCCCCGGACUGCCCCCUACCCUCAG